GAGAGAGGAGGAGGAGAGACUGACGGACUGGCAUGAAUUCCUCAGCGCUCCUCAAAUUUCUUGAAAUCACGGACCUCCUGCUCGCCUCCGUCCCGACAAAAAUUCAGACCAGCUCCCUUCCUCCUCCGAGCACACACCCGAGCCCAGCAGCUUUUACAAAAAUGAUGUUGCGAAGUGUCGCUGUGCUGCUUCUGCUGGCAGUGGCUCUCUCUAACGCUGAGGAGCUGCAGAGCAAGAGCAAAGUGUGUGCCAAUGUGUUCUGUGGGGCUGGCAGAGAGUGUGCUGUUACAGAGAAAGGAGAGCCCAGCUGUCUGUGCAUAGAGAGCUGUAAGCCCCACAAGAGGUCAGUGUGUGGCAGCAAUAGUAAGACCUACAGGAAUCACUGUGAGCUCCACAGAGAUGCUUGUCUGACUGGCUUGAAGAUCCAGGUGGCCCACGAUGGACACUGCCAUGAGAAGAAAGCAGAACAGGCAGCAGCCAGCCCAGUGGUUUGCUAUGCUGCUGACCGCAAUGAGCUGAGGAGUCGUGUGAUCCAGUGGCUGCAGACUGAGGUUGUCCCAGACGGCUGGUUUGUCAAGGGAUCCAACUUCUCUGACAUCCUGCUCAAGUACUUCAAGUCGUACGACAAUGGUGAUUCUCAGCUGGACUCCUCAGAGCUGCUCAAAUUCAUCGGACAAAAUGACUCGGUUGUGGAGUUGCAGUCCUACACAGACCAGGAGAGCAACAAGCUGCUCAGGAGCCUGUGUGUUGAUGCCCUCAUUGAGCUUUCUGAUGAGAACGCCGACUGGAAGCUGAGCUUUGAUGAGUUCCUCAACUGCCUGAAGCCUGGUUUCAAUCCACCAGAGAAGAAAUGUGCCUUGGAGGAUGAGACAUAUGAGGACGGAGCAGAGACUCAGGUCGAGUGUAACCGAUGUGUUUGUGCAUGUGGAAACUGGGUCUGCACUGCUAUGACCUGCACUGACAAAACGGCAGCUGUGGAUGAGUCUUUAGAUGCUGGGGCAGAGAUGACGGAGGAGGAGUGGAACCUCCGUGUGGCUGAGCUAAACAAGCACCAGGAAACCGUUGAGAAGAUGAAGGCCAACACAAAGGAGGCCUAAAUAAGGACACAAUGGAAGAGAGGAUUGGCGUCAUCACUCGUUCUCCAUACGUGAUUUAUCUAGCGGCCAUGAGUUGUUAUGAGACUGACUUUUUCAUGUUUCUCUGCUCUGUUAAUUAUUAUACAUUUUUUACAAGGUUAAAGUGUUUGUGUUGAUGUUUGUUAGAUUCGGGGGCUAUCAAAGAGUAUUAUAGGAUUCCCCUGUGUUCAGUACUGUCAUAUUUUAUUGUAUUACUGCGCCUCUUGUAUUUUUACUACAAUCCUUAUAUUUUUACAGUUAUUCUGAAAAAGAAAAAACCUGUCAAGUUGUCACUGUUUGGGAGUCAUUGUUUGAGAAGGUAGUGAUAAAAGGAGCUUUUCAGAAUCCACCUGUUGAAAUGAGGGAGCUGUCGGAGUAAAGAGAUAACUAACUACUUGACACUUGGUGCAGCAUGUUUCUCCUCACCCUCGUAGGUUUUACGAUCAGCAGCUUGGUUAAAGAAGCUGGGAUAUGAGGGCAAAGCUACUAGUGAUUUUGAUUUUGUUGCCAUUUAGAACGACCACAGUAAGACACUACUUGACCAAUGCACUUCUCUUUCUUUCUCUCUCGCUUUCUUAGGCUUUAGUUUAGCACAAGCCUGAAAUUUGUUUGUAUCCUACUGCUUAAGUUUAAAAUAGUUUGCUUCUAUGUAUAGUAUCGGCUUGAGUUGGAACUCAUCUUGUUUCCAUGUUAUGCUCAGGCAAGUCUCUAUGGUGCUUUUCGGUUAAACAUUUGUGUCUGUGUCUUACGUUUCUGAGACAAAGACCUCGUGGUCCGGCUAUCAGUGUGGAGCAGCACAACUGCACCCAGGUGAGACCAGGUCUUUGAAUAUAGCAUGAUGAAAACUGAAACCAAAGUUUUGAUGAAAUGUUUGAAUAAUGUACAACAUUCUCCAGGUACAACAUUACUCUGGACCCAGCAACAACACUAUACCUGUGCUUUUCAAAAUCACUCUAACAGAAGGAUUAGCCUCAGCUAAAGUAGCUUAGAUGCAUCAAUAACUGAGUGCAUAUAAAUUGUGUGUCUGUGUGUGCGUGUGUAUGUGCACGUGUGUCUGUGUGCUAUUAAAAUGUGAUGCUGAGAGUAGUUUGGUUUGUGAAAUGUUUAUUUGUUCAAAUCCUGUGUCUAAAUUGGGAGGAUUGACAAUAAAAAUGAGUGCCUUAGACCUGCAAAAAGUAUGGUUUCUACCUUUGCCUGCACGGAGGCUUUUAUGCCACGUUGCAUAGAAAGAAUAAGUGUGCUUUGAUGAAGUUUAGCAGUAAACUAGUGCUUUGUAACUCCAUCCUUGAUAAAUGUCUGUGUGAAAGUUGCAUUAUUAGGGUCAAGCUAAAUUUUUAUAUUCCACUAAAAGUGCAGAGACUGUAAGGAAUUUGUAUGUAUGCCAAUAAAGCCCAAUACACCACAACA